UUUAGUAAAGAGAGACUUCCAAAGUUCACAAACUGACAAGAAUAGUCGGGCGGACAGUUGCGGUGCAGAGAGAGAAAGAGAGUGAAACGGGCGUUUCUUGCCUGUGCCCUGGAGGUGAAGGUGAUUUUUUUUUUUUUGCAAAGGCAUCACGUUGAACUUGGAUUACCAAUUCAUUCUCCCCUCCAAAACCCUGACGCCCCGGUACAUUCACCCGGCGUGGGACGCGCCGGACUUUCCCAUCUGUGGCGCAAGGGAACACAGUUGGAGCUGGUACGAGAAAAAGAGAGGACGAUAGUGUUUUGGACGAAGAAAGGACUGCCUUCUUCCAAAUCAAGCACCCCACCGCGAAAGCAAGGAAUUAUUACAAUGGGAAGCGGCGCCAGUGUUCUUCAGAGCUGACCUGAAUCGCUCCAAAGCAGAUUUAAAGGACAUCCCACCUUGGCCCACACCAAACUCCGGACUCCUCCAUGACGCCGGCAAUGAGUUAUUGUUGACGGAGCUUUGUAAACCAGGCUGUAUACCACCUCUGUCAAACCGAUGUGUAACCUCGAUGGAUCAGGAGAGUGAGGUUGAUUUGUCCAAUCUUGCCAUAACUCCGCUGUGGAGGAAGAGACGGCCGACCUCCAAAUCGCCCAACACCGGCUCCUUCAAUCAACGGACCAGGGUAAGGCCAGCUUCCUCCCAGAUUGAUGGAGUGUUAGUGACGGACUUCCCUGUGGAAGGUAGCAUGACUGCUCCAAACCCCAGUAACGGGAUUGUGGUGUCUUCUCCCAAGGGUCGGGUCCUGUUGCAGAGGCAACUCUCCACCCAGUCUCUUCCUGCCCCCGACAAGCCACAUUAUCUCCUCAGCACCAACAGUGCCGUGUCGCUGAAGAAUGGUACCCAGCAGAUCAUCCCCAAAGACUUGGCGUCGGGAAUCAGGGUGAAGAACCUUCACCAGAACAGCCAGUUGCGGCCGUUUGGUGGCAGGAACCGGAGAGUGCAGAGUAUGCUGGAGACGCCCAGCGCCCCUCUCGUGCCCAGAGCGCAUGCGGACGGGGAUAUGGACCCAGAGCCGGACAGCCCCGGGCAGCUCCGACGAGGGCUGAGGUCCACUUCGUACCGAAGGGCGGUGGUCAGUGGCGUUCAAUUCGACAACGCAACCAACGUGAAGCCAAGUAGCCGGAGGUCCCAACCCAACCUCAAAACCGUGGUUGAAGACAAGGAGAAAUUCUCCACACUGGCCAGAGUAAAGGAACAGGAGAAGAAGCAGAUGCCGACACAGGGACCGUUUGAUGGAGAAGGAAAUGCAGUUCUUUAUCAAAACUAUAAGGAGAAGGCGCUGACUCUGAAUAAUGGGGAUUCGGAUGAAGACUCAGAUCAAAGUGGACAGUCGGAGGAGCAGAGGUCGGAGGAGAAGAUUGUGGUGCAGUUCAGACCUAUUCGCUGCUCCUGGAGCCAACUAUCUGUGGUGAGGAAGAGUGGGAUUUUACAGUCAAUCAGCCAAGAGGAGAGGAAGAGACAGGAGGCCAUUUUUGAGGUGAUAUCGUCCGAACACUCUUACAUGCUGAGCCUGGAGAUCCUCAUUCGAAUGUUUAAGAACUCCGAAGCCUUGAACUUGACCAUGACCAAAACCGAGAGGCACCAUCUGUUCUCCAACAUCAUUGACGUGCACAGAUCCAGCAGCAAGUUCUUCAAGGAACUUGAAGCCAGGCAUCAGCAAGAUGCAGUGAUUGAGGACAUCAGCGACAUCAUGGAGAAGCAUGCCGUCUCCACCUUCGAACCCUACGUGACGUACUGCUCCAACGAGGUCUACCAGCAACGCACUCUCCAGAAGCUCCUAAAUACAAAUCCGAGCUUCAAGGAGAUCCUGAUGAAGAUCGAAGCCCACCCUGACUGCAGGAACCUGCCCAUGAUCUCGUUCCUCAUUCUGCCCAUGCAGAGAGUAACUCGCUUGCCUCUACUGAUGGAUACUAUUUGCCAGAAAACUCCCAAGGACGCGCCCGAGUAUGACUGCGCAAAGAAAGCAUUGCAGUCAGUUAGUAAGCUGGUACGUCAGUGUAAUGAAGGGGCUCGGCGGAUGGAAAGGACAGAGAUGAUGUACACCAUCAACACUCAGCUGGAGUUCAGAAUAAAGCCCUUUCCCCUGGUCUCCUCUUCGCGCUGGCUGUCCAAGAGGGGUGAGCUGAUCGGCUUUGUCGAGGACACAGGGAUUUUUUCCAAGCGGACAUCCCGGCAGCAAGUCUACUUCUUCCUGUUCAACGACGUCCUCAUUGUGACAAAGAAGAAAAGCGAGGAGAGUUACAGCGUGACGGACUACGCCAUGAGGUGCCAGCUCCAGGCGGAGACCUGCGAGGCCGAGGAGCUGAACCUGUCGCCCAUGAAGACGGCGUCAGGCAUGUUGUACUCCCGCCAGUGUUCCGUCAACUACCUCUUCCGCCUCACCAUGGUCAGCAACCACGCCGGCGAGAAGGUGGAGAUGGUCUUCGGGGCCGACUCUCCGAGUGACCGAGCGCGCUGGUUGACGGCCUUAGGGCAGAACGGUGCUGAGAGACAACACCCAGACAGGACGACCCUGACCCAGGUGGAGAUCAUCAGAACGUGCCCGGCCAAACAGCCAGACGAGCUCUCCCUCCAGGUGGCUGAUGUGGUUCUCCUUUACCAGAGAGUGGAGGAUGGUUGGUGCGAAGGCGAGCGGCUGCGAGACAGUGAGGUAGGGUGGUUUCCGAUGGAGUGCGCCAAGGUCAUCACCUGUCCAGCUACAAUCAGCCAGAACAUGCAACGGAUGGGCCGGCUGCUGGGGCUGGAGACGCACGUCUAGAGCGGGAGAGAGCCGGAGAGAACGGGCCUGGAUGAGGAGCGGGUGUCCAUUCUGCCGUCAGCUAGGAGCGACGCACCCUUGGUCUCACGGAUCGUUGUGGCGUGUAUUGGGGACUAAAUCACCUGAAGGAACCAUCAGCGGCCACAGCACAAAAGGGACGAGCUCGGGGCAGGGACAGUGUACAUAAACCACGGCAGAGGAAGUCCCUGCUUGAGUUUCUCGCCCAAGGUUGCCCUCAAGACCCUGGUGAAUCAUCUCCGUUACUUCCUUGUGACGAACUGCAAGAAGUUGGGACGUAAAGUGCUGGAGUAGUUCAGUGGGUCAGGCAGCAUCUCUGGUGAACAUAGAUAGAGGUGACAUUUCGCCUCAGGACCCUUCUUCAGACAUUAAUUGGGAUGGUCGAUGAGUGAGCAGGUGGCUGUGCGUUCAGAGGGGGUGAGAUUGACAUUGGUGAGGGGAGUGGAAGGUCAAGAUUGUUGAUGUCACGCCAUCAGUUGGAAAUAAAAUGGUCCAGAGAGGGUAGAAGGCCGGCAGGGGUGUCCAUGAAGUGGUGGAGGAAUGUUAGAGAAUGGGAGAAAGAGUCAGCACUGGGAGGUGAGGACUCACUACCAGAGCUCAGCUCAAAUGCCCGGCUUGAGUCUCCGUAAAUUGCCCUUAGUGUGUGGGGAGUGAAUGCGAAAGUGGUAUAACAUGGAACUAGUGCGCAUGGACUCGGUGGGCCAAAAGGCCUGUUUCCAUGCUGUAUCUCUAAACUAUAGAGUCUAAAGAAAAGCUAACCAAGAGAGGUAAUGGAAAGAGAUUGCAGGGAGUGGUGGAGACAUCGCGGUCUAUCAAGGGUCCCGACCCGAAACCUCACCGAUACGUUCUCCAGAGAUGCUGCCUGACCCACUGAGUUACUCCAGCACUGUCUUUUUUUGUAAACCGGCACCUCCUGUGUCCACAAGGAGCAGGGUUUGGGUUUGUGGAACGACUUUGUUCUGUGCUGGAGUACACUGUUGAAAGCAUGGCAAACCCCCUCAGACAAUACGUGAAGUCGCAAAUCCAGAACUGAGCAACUUUUAUUUAAGUGCAACAACAGAUAAUUGGGAACAUUUUGGAAUUUGCUUCAUGCAAAUAACACGUGUCCUUUAAGUUAAAGUUCUUCUGCUGGAUCCUUUAUUAAAUAUACAGAGUCUUGGAACCACUGAGAGGGGUGACCUCUAUGAGUCGCUCUGUGGGAUUGGUAAUGAGAUGGUAUUGCACUGAAUAAAGACCCAGUUUAUUAUAGAAAA